UGUCACAAAUCUGAUCAUCAAAGCUUCUCAACAGCGAUUUCAUCGUUACCAAAUUUUCUAAACCAGUCACGGCAGACAACUCCCUCCUCAAGUUUUCUUCUUGGUCAUAACCCAUGUGUCAAUUUGAAGCUCCAAGUUAGCUUACGUCUCAAGUUUGCGUCUUGGUCACAAGUCACAACCCAAGCUCCAAGCCUCUAAUUAGAGCUUCGAUGUUAUUUCAGUUCCAACUGCUUUGUUUGGAACUGUCCAAGGUUUACCAAUCUCUAUCAAGAACCAAACAACUGCAUGCUUUGAUCAUCAGGACCCAUCUUUCGCAUGACCCAUUUUACGCAACUAGACUAGUCAGAUACUAUGCGGCCAGUGGUGCCCUUCACUAUGCACGUAAGGUGUUCGACGCAAGUCCCAGCCCAAGUGUUUAUCUCUGGAACUCCAUUAUUCGAGCCUACGCUCAAGCUCACAGAUUUGAGCAUGCAUCUUCUCUGUUUAAUAGGAUGGUUAGAAGUGAAACCAAGCCUGAUAACUUCACUUAUGCCUGUCUUAUUCGUGCCUGCUCCGACAGCUAUGAUAUAAAUGGACUGAAGCUUGUGCACUGUGGAGUUACAGUUUCUGGGUUGGGAUUGGAUUCCUUUUGUAGUAGUUCACUUGUUUCUGCUUAUUCAAAAUUGGGUCUUGUUGAUGAAGCAAGUAGGGUGUUUUAUGUGACACCACAGCCAGACUUGGUGAUGUGGAAUUCUAUGAUUUUGAGUUGUGGGAAUUUUGGGUUUUGGGAUAAAGGGCUGGAGCUAUUUAGUAUGAUGAGACGCAUGGAGGUAGUGCUUGAUGGAUAUACAUUUGUUGGGUUGCUUUCGGGUUUGAAACAUUCAAGCUUGUUAAGUGUUGGCCAAGGAAUACAUGGUCUUUGUUUGAAAUGUAGUUUGGAUUAUAAUGAUCAUGUGUGUAGCGUACUCGUGAGCAUGUAUUCAAGAUGCAGGUGUAUGGACUCUGCACAUAAAGUUUUUAGUGGUUUGUUUGAGCCUGAUUUAGUUACUUGGUCUUCUUUGAUAACCGGGUACUCUCAGUCUGGAGAUUAUGGAAAGGCUUUGUCCUUCUUCAAGUAUUUGAACAUGGAAGGCAACAGAGCAGAUCCUAUUUUGAUUGCCAGUGUGUUGGCUGCUGCUUCUCAGAUAGCAAAUGUAGGGCCGGGUAGUGAAAUACAUGCUUAUGUCCUUCGUCGAGGACUUGUAUCAGAUGUGAUGAUUUCCUCUGCUCUCAUAGCCAUGUAUUCAAAGUGCGGUUUCAUGGGAAUGGGAACUCGUGUUUUUGAGGCUAUGCCAGAGAAGAAUAUUGUUUCAUACAAUACGUUAAUAUUGGGUCUUGGUUUGCAUGGACUUGCCGCUGAGGCAUUUAGGAUGUUCAAUGAGAUACUGAAAAACGGAUUAGUACCUGAUGAAGCUACUUUCUCUGCUCUCCUUUCGGCAUGCUGCCAUUCCGGGCUUGUCAAAGAUGGCCGAGAAAUUUUCAGAAAAAUGAGAGAAGAGUUUGGCAUAAAUGCUAGAGCAGAGCAUUAUGUUCAUCUGGUGAAGCUUCUUGGGAUGGAGGGCAGUUUGCAUGAGGCUUACAAUCUGAUUUCGUCCUUGCCAGAACCAGUGGACAGUGGCAUUUGGGGAGCCCUUUUAUCAGGCUGUGAUGCCUAUGGGGAUACUGAGCUGGCAGAAAUUAUAGCUCAGAAGCUCUUUGAAAGUAAUUCGGAAAAAACUUCUUACAGAGUCAUGCUUUCGAAUAUAUAUGCUGCUGAUGGAAGGUGGGAUGAUUCAAAGAAGGUAAGGGAUUACAUAACAGAAGGCCAAUUGAGAAAGACAACUGGGCUUUGCUGGACUAAAGGUUUCAACGGUUCUGCAUGAUAAUCCAGCAGAGGCAGCAAAUGCAAUUGCUUCAGUGUGGUGAGGGAUUGCAAACCUUCAGGUAACAUGGUAAGCCGCAGACAACUGUGGAAGUGGAGAUACUUCAAGCUAGGUGGUGCUCCCUCUUCGAGUUCUGUCCACUCCUCAUGAACAUGAGAAGCAAUUAUGAGAACCUAAAGCUUGGGAAACCCACCAGCAGUGCAGAACUCUUUCCCGAUUUGCUUUGCAUCAUAAGCCUGCCAAAGGGUUAACCUUUUCAAGUUGGGUAGGACUUGAAGUACCAAUGAUGGGUUCUCAGACAAAUGGGAGAAACCUAAUCUCAAGUUUGUGAUCAUUUCCAAGAAACCAAACCGAGCAAGUAAUACUUUACUAUUCAAUUCUUGGCUCUUUCUUAUCCGAAGGGCAGGAUCUAUACAUUGUACGUUAUGAUUUGACUUUUGACCCUUCCAAAUCAAGUCAUUACAAGGUGGUCUCCCUCACUAACGAGCGUAUAGAGAUAUAUUCAUCGGAGACUCGAACUUGGAACCUUCUAGCUAGAGCAUUCUUUUGCCUCAAGAAACUGUCUGGACAAGUUCUGCUUUGGCAUUAGCAGUACCAUGAAAAAGGGGUAUACUGUAAUGAUGCAAUUCAUUGGAUGCCAGACUCAUCAAGUGGGGAAUCAGCUAUGAAGGUGGAAAAUCGGUAACGGAUUACCAUUUGUUGCUCUACUAUGAAAUAAGUGAAGAAUGUAUGGGAGUAGCUGGUCAUAUUUCAACCUUUGAAAGAGAUGAUGACUCGUUUCCGGAGUACAUUUGUAGAUAUUUUGGAGAGUCUAGUGGCCAUUUGUAUUUGAUUGACAUAUAUAGCCACAGUAACACUCAAUUUGAUGUGAUGGGAAUGGCAAGAGAUUACUCUGGCUGGUUUGUCAGGUACCCUGUUGAUCUUAAUUUGGUAAAUAUUAGGGCGCUUGGUCUACAUAACUUUUACUUGUAUGUCUUGGCUCUCAGCAAAGAAGAUCAGCAUGAACAUGAAGAGAGGGAACACAAUCACCUAAAGAUGGAAUAAGGAGAAGAAGGAAAAGAAAAUUGCACCUUUGAGAUUCAACGAAGGGUUGUCUAGUUUUAGAUGAUGGUGAUUAUUACAUGGAGACUUUGGCUCCUGUCAGUGUGAUUCAAUAUACUGUUGUUGCAUGAAAUAUUUCCUUUGUAUGUUGAAUUUCUACCGACUUUAAUUAUCAUUCUUUGCAUAUGCUUGUUCUAAGUUUUAACUUGCAUCAUUUCAAGCAAUUAGUUUUUAGUACGUGGUUGUUGAUAGAAUGAGAUGCAAAUGAGAUAAGUCUUGAUUUAAAGCGCUU